GCACCUCUGAAGCCAAGACAUGUCCUGCUACGACCAGUGCCGGCCCUGCUGCCAGCCCUGCGGCCCAACCCCACUGGCCAACAGCUGCAACGAGCCCUGUGUCAGGCAGUGCCAGAACUCCACCGUCGUCAUUGAGCCUCCUGCUGUGGUGGUGACCCUGCCCGGCCCCAUCCUCAGCUCCUUCCCUCAGAACACCGUGGUGGGAUCCUCCACCUCUGCUGCUGUUGGCAGCAUCCUCAGCUGUGACGGAGUCCCCAUCAACUCUGGGUGCUGUGACCUCUCCUGCAUUACCAGCCGCUACUGUGGCAGCAGAUGCCCUCCCUGCUAAAGAUGUAAGCAGUAGCCAGUGGUACAAGGACCCCCUGGAACUCAGAACUUGGUGUUGGACAGAGGAUUAAACUACAUCUACAUACUACAUUAAACAAGAGCAGCUGACCAUCUCUGACUUGCCCUGCAAGGGCAGACGUGAAGAUGUCAACCUGGGCUCUCUGAAAACAUGGCCAAUGUCUACCCUUCCUGUUCCUGUCUUUCUCGCACUCUUUUUGUCUCUUUUCUUUGUUUCCUUGUGUUCCCCUCAAAGCCUGUUGUGAUACCCCAGAAACCAUCCUAGAGGGACCUGCAGCCUGUCUCCCUUUGCUGGGCACAUCAACAGAUGCCCUGUGGGAACUCUGCCACAGGAAAAGGGAAACACAUUUUUGUCGGCUCUUUCUGCUCCCCACAUGGGGGGACUCCACUUGAUGUGACCCCAUUUCCCUCUUUAGACUCAUUAAACAAUUGUUGCAACCCU